CACGGAUAGGGGCACGCAGAGGUCUGUCACAGCUCGCGGCCAAUGGCGCCGGCCAGCGCGGGCUGAAAGGAGGGACCCGGAAGACAGGCUCGGCUUCUGGCGGGGAGGCCGCUUUCCUCCUUCUCCCGUGGCAGAAAGGGAGGCGGGCACCAUGUUUCAGUUUUUGGUUGGUUUUGCACUUGGCAACGUAGUCGGGAUGUAUAUAGCCCAGAAUUAUGACGUUCCGAGCAUUGCAAAGAAACUUGAAGACUUCAAGAAAGAUGUAGAAGCUCGAAAGAAGCCUCCGAAUGAUAAAUGAUGUUGACUUAGCCAUCUCUGUAUUAAAUGUAGAUUAUGUAGUAUAUCCCCUGGGCCGCAGGUGCCUAACCUUUACAUGGCUUUUGUGGAUUCCUGCCAGGUGUUGUCUAGGCUGCCCUUGGGCUGAAGGGUCCCCAUAUCUGUGGGACCUUCCAGCACUUUCAGGAUAUUUGACCUUUUUUCCUAACUGCACACAUAACAGGAGAAAACAAAACAGAAACUGGACUUUUUCUGUGUAUUUGUUCAACAAUAUUUUAUAUUCAGUAUUAAUAUGAUUUGGAUAUAGAGCAGAGCAAUGAAAUCCAUUUAGUUAUUUCAACCAAACUAGAUUCUGUUACAGUAGAUCAUGAAAUAAACUGAAGCAUUUAUAUAUCUGGA